UCAUUUCGGGGUGGAGAGAACGAACGCACUCUUUUGUUCCGCUUCGGAAUGGCCGCUGUUUUUUUUUUUUCAGUGUUUUCUUUUCUUUUUUUUCUCUCCUCGGCGCAUAUUCAACACGGGAACGGUCUGUGUGCCGUGUUGCAGUUAGUUUGCACAUCGUGUGCCGCAAGUGGCCGCUAAGCUCGGAAAUCAAAUGCAUUCCAACGACCAGUUUCCCUUUCUGGCGUCCGCUGCCCGACGGCGUUCCGCUGGCUGCAGCAGAGAUUUCCUCCUCUCGGUCCACCUCACGGCUGAUGGGUCGGUCCGUGUACGACAGCCGCUCUGCCCGCGGCCUACACACCGCCAGCUCCGCUGAGAGCUAACCGCUGGAUGUGCGUGAAUAUAUCAGUGGGGAACUCUGGAGAGCACUAGCACCGUGUCCUACGAGUAGCAAUUCACGUUUGUUGCAUCAUGUCACCAAAUCUUCGAAGGAUUCUGAAAUCCAUCCAAGACCGUUGAAGCCUGAAAUAACUUGCAUCUGAAGUUCCUGUGAUUGUAUGCUGUUCAAACACUGAAGCAUGUGGCCCAUGGGUGCCCCAGUCCAGCUACUUCAAAGGACUUGUUCUCUCAUGGCGUUGUAACAGAAUAUCUAGUAUCUUUAAACCUGGGGUCACAAGUCCUUUAUUUCAAGGAUAACCAUCAAUGUGUGGGCCUGUACAGGGAUGUUUCCUUUAAAGGCCUUCCUGCCUGACUGUCUCCUUUUCCUGAAGAAGUAACCUGACAAUAGAGACUCCCAUGUGCAACUCUGCAGGAGACUCGAUAGCGUCGACAUGAGUAGUACUUUAGGCAAAGAAAAAGAUUUGAAAGAAAAGGACCCCAAAGGUGGUCCAGCGGGGAAAGAAAGGGAAAAGGAGGCCAGGGCUCUAGCCGGCUUAGUCAAGGAUGUGGGCAAAGAAACGAAGACCAAAGGGAAAGACCCCAAGGAAGGAAAGAAGGACACCAGCGGCUCCACGCCGGGCGUUGCCUUCUCCGUCGACAACACGAUAAAGCGGCCCAACCCGGCCGCCGGUACGCGCAAGAAGUCCAGCAAUGCCGAGGUGAUCAAAGAGCUCAACAAGUGCCGGGAGGAAAACUCCAUGAGACUGGACCUAUCGAAGCGGUCCAUUCACAUCCUGCCCACCUCCAUCAAGGAGCUGACGCAGCUGGCCGAACUCUACCUGUACAGCAACAAGCUGCAGAGCCUGCCGGCGGAGGUGGGGUGCCUGUCGGGGCUGGUCACUUUAGCCCUGAGCGAGAACUCCCUGACCAGCUUGCCCGACUCGCUGGACUCUCUUAAGAAGCUGCGAAUGCUCGACCUGCGUCACAACAAGCUGAGGGAGAUCCCGGCCGUGGUCUACCGGCUGACGUCGCUCACCACGCUGUACCUGCGCUUCAACCGCAUCACCGCGGUGGAGCGGGACAUCCGAAACCUGUCCAAGCUCACUAUGCUCAGCAUCCGGGAGAACAAGAUCAAGCAGCUGCCUGCAGAGAUAGGGGAGCUAUGCAACCUCAUAACUCUGGAUGUGGCCCAUAACCAGCUGGAGCACCUGCCGAAGGAGAUUGGGAAUUGCACACAGAUAACCAACCUCGACUUGCAGCACAAUGAGCUCUUGGACCUGCCGGAGACUAUAGGAAACUUGGCAAGCAUAAAUCGCUUAGGUCUUCGAUACAAUAGAUUGUCGGCCAUCCCUCGAUCGUUAGCCAAAUGUCGAGAGCUCGAGGAGCUGAACCUGGAAAACAACAACAUUUCGGUGUUGCCAGAGGGUCUACUGUCAAGUUUGGUGAACCUGACAAGUCUGACAUUGGCGAGGAACUGCUUCCAAUCGUACCCGGUGGGGGGACCGUCCCAGUUCUCCACCAUCUAUUCCCUCAACAUGGAGCACAACCGCAUCAACAAGAUCCCCUUUGGCAUCUUUUCCAGGGCCAAAGUGUUAAGCAAGCUCAACAUGAAGGACAACCAGUUAACGUCUCUGCCUUUGGACUUUGGCACAUGGACCAGCAUGGUUGAGCUUAACCUGGCAACCAAUCAGCUGACAAAGAUCCCAGAGGACGUGUGUGGUUUAGUCUCUCUGGAGGUGUUAAUACUGUCCAAUAAUCUUCUCAAGAAGUUACCACACGGUAUUGGAAAUUUGAGAAAGCUGCGGGAGCUCGACUUGGAGGAGAACAAGUUAGAGUGUCUACCUAAUGAAAUUGCUUAUCUGAAAGAUGUCCAGAAAUUGGUGUUGACAAAUAAUCAGCUGACCACGUUACCCAGAGGCAUCGGCCACCUCACCAACCUGACUCAUCUGGGUUUGGGGGAGAACCUGCUGCAGCACCUCCCAGAGGAGAUCGGUACUCUGGAGAACCUGGAGGAACUGUACCUCAACGACAAUCCCAACCUGCACAGCCUACCGUUCGAGCUGGCCCUCUGCAGCAAGCUGUCCAUCAUGAGCAUCGAGAACUGUCCCCUCAGCCACCUGCCGCCGCAGAUAGUCGCGGGGGGCCCCUCCUUCAUCAUCCAGUUCCUGAAGAUGCAGGGGCCGUACCGCGCCAUGGUCUGAGCAGGGAGCGGCUCGGCCCCGGCCCUCCGCUCGCUCUAAACCCUCUCGCCUGCCCGACCCCCAUUAGGUGCAUCGUGACCUGUAAAGAACACGGACUCGCCACACAUCAGUGGCGGGGGCGGAUACGAGGAGGGAAAUGUUUCUUUCAUCAUCCUUAAAUAGAAAAGGGGCAAAUUAUUGGGGAUUUGACUUCUGAGUCACCCCAGAGAUCUGGGUCAUUUUAGGACUCCCUGCCCCCCCCCUUUCGUUCUGAAUCAUACAAGAGGAAAAUAUUUCCAUCUCUUUGCCAAAACU